AUGUUCAGCUUCAUAGCAGACUUCCUCACCUCCGUCACGUCCAUUCUCUUCCCCGUCUUCGCCUCCUACAAAGCCCUCCGCACUUCCGACCCCGCCGUGCUCACGCCAUGGCUGAUCUACUGGACCAUCCUCUCCCUCUUCCUCCUCGUUGAAUCCCAACUCUACUUCAUCCUCUCCUACAUUCCCUUCUACGCCUGGAUUCGCUUCGGCGCCCAUCUGUAUCUCGUCCUCCCCGGCAAGCAAGGCAGCGUCUACCUCUACAAACAGUACCUUGAGCCCUUUCUCGAAGAGCACGAGAGACAAAUCGACCGGAUGAUCAGCGAGGGUCACGAAAAAGCCAAAGCAGCAGGCCUGGAUGCUGUCAAGAAAGUGAUCGAGUACGUGCGCGUGCAGGUGCUGGGUCUGCAGCCCAAGCAGGCCAGUCCCGCCCCAAGCAGGAAUGUCAGCUACAGCACAUAUCUCAUGGACCGCUUCGCCAUGCCCUCAGCCAGGCAGGGUCUGGCUGCCGCCGGGACAAGCGACAUCUUUGGUCUGAUUGGCAAGGCUCUACAGCAGACCACCUACCCAGACUCCACCACUCGUGAAGCAAAGGUAGAGGACCUGACGCAGUCUGGCAACCUCAUUCCUCCCAACCUGGCUGGUGCAGAGAGGGCCGAUUUUAUCUCUACGCAGCGAGAGCGCCUGCGCACGUUGCUGCAAGCGUUUGACUACGAAGCAUACCGUACCGCCGACCACGCUGCCACUUCUUCCAUUCGCCCACCGCGCUCUUCCAUGCCGCGACAGCCUUCUGGACGCAAAUCCUACCCGUACCCUGACGACAAUGCUCCCAUGCACAAGAGUCGCAGCGAGAGUGAGUUUGAGGACCUGGCCUAUGAAGCCAUGCCCGAUCCAGACGACUACGUGGUUAAGUCUCCUACUGGACCGUCGAGUCCCAGCGAAAAGGGGAAGCAAAAGGCGGCCGCUGGUGGCGGAGGCUGGGGUACAUGGAUAUGGGGCAAUGGCGAGAAGAACUCUGUUGUCGAGCCUAAGAAAAAGCAUUGA